UUUUGAUUUCUUUUAGCUGGGAUGUGACAGCAAGCAUAAGAAGAACUUUUGAAACUUGAUUAUCUCCUGGGUUUGGAAAAGUCUAACUUGUGUUUAAUUCAUCACUUUACACGAUUUGACUGGAAAAACUAUUCAUUGACCACACAUGAUUACUACUAAGAGACUUUCGGAAAUUUGUUUUUAGUGGAAAAAAAAAUCAGGCUUGUGACGCCACCAGUUGCGUUUGAGAUCGUUUAUAUCCUGGCUUCAUUGGCUGUGAGUUGCUGCAGUCAUCGUAGGUUUGCUGGCAUGGGUAAUCUCAUUAAGGUGCUAACCAGGGACAUAGACCACAAUGCAGCACAUUUUUUCUUGGACUUUGAAAAUGCCCAACCUACAGAAUCUGAAAAGGAAAUUUAUAAUCAGGUGAAUGUAGUGUUAAAGGAUGCAGAAGGAAUACUGGAAGACUUGCAGUCAUAUAGAGGAGCUGGCCAUGAAAUACGAGAGGCAAUACAGCAUCCCAAUGAUGAGAAGCUGCAAGAAAAGGCCUGGGGUGCAGUUGUUCCACUAGUAGGCAAGCUAAAGAAAUUCUAUGAAUUUUCUCAAAGACUAGAGGCAGGAUUGCGAGGCCUGUUGGGAGCCCUGACAAGCACUCCAUAUUCACCAACGCAACACCUGGAGCGAGAGCAGGCUCUUGCUAAGCAGUUUGCAGAAAUUCUUCACUUUACACUCCGAUUUGAUGAGCUCAAGAUGACAAAUCCUGCUAUACAGAAUGACUUCAGCUACUACAGAAGAACUCUGAGCCGUAUGAGGAUUAACAAUGUCCCAGCAGAGGGAGAAAAUGAAGUAAAUAAUGAGUUGGCAAACAGAAUGUCUUUAUUUUACGCUGAAGCAACACCAAUGUUGAAAACCUUAAGUGAUGCUACAACAAAGUUUGUGUCAGAGAAUAAAAAUUUACCGAUAGAGAAUACUACAGAUUGCUUAAGCACCAUGGCUAGUGUGUGCAGGGUCAUGCUUGAAACCCCUGAAUAUAGAAGCAGGUUUACAAAUGAGGAAACGGUAUCAUUCUGUCUGAGGGUAAUGGUGGGUGUCAUCAUACUCUAUGACCACGUGCAUCCGGUGGGCGCUUUUGCCAAAACUUCAAAAAUUGAUAUGAAAGGAUGCAUUAAAGUUCUUAAAGACCAGCCUCCUAACAGUGUAGAAGGCCUUCUAAAUGCUCUCAGGUACACAACAAAGCAUUUGAAUGAUGAGACUACCUCCAAGCAAAUUAAAUCCAUGUUGCAAUAACGAUUACCUGGAAUUCGCACCUGCUGUAGACAGACAGUAUUCUGCAAUGACUGAGAUGCACAGAUUUUUUUUUUUUAGUGAUUGCAACUACUAUCUCGUUCAUUCUUGCUUUUUAUUUUCUCUCUUCCUGUUUACCCUUUUUUUAAUCACUUCCUUGUUCUUAAGUAAGCUCAGACUUCUUUUCUGUGCCAAAUCAAUGAAAAUUAUAAAUUCUGGGAAGUAUUUCUACUUUUCAGAAUAGCCAUCCUAAGUGGCAGCUAAUUAUGCGUUGCAUUUGGAUUUCUCUGUACUGGGGAAAGAUUUGUGACUUGAACUAAAUAUUUUUAAACUUGUGGUUUUUUUCUUUUUUUGAAAAACUAAUAUUUAAUAUUGCUUCUUCUGCAUGGCAAGACUGCCUACUUCUGCUAUUUAAAAAUCCCUUGAUGACUUCAUUUUCUAUUGCAGCUUAUUUUCAUGUGCAACCAUGAGGAAACUAAAAGCAGAUUUGUUUAAAUUAACUGUGUUUGUACAAAAUGGUACCCAACACAAAGGUUUUUUUAAAUGAGUAAAAACUGUUUUGUUUAAAAGUUACGUUUGCAUUUUGACUCAUUUUUGUAAGGAUGUAUGUUGUAUGUUUAACCUUUAAUAACUAACGUUAAACUGUGGUGUGUGCGUAGCAAAAUCACGUAUGCAUGUUCAUGUCAAAUGAUUGGCUGUGGAUAAGAUAAUAAAAUCAGCUUUCAUUUU